AUGAUGGAGGGGUCUACAUUCCGCGAAAAGGACGUACCAGAGUCGUCCCAUCUCCUUGAAGACUUUGAAGAUGAAGCAAAGACUCGACCUGUCGAAGCUGAAUCCAUCAAGUCAUCGCCGACCUUCCACAUUAACCUCUCAGGUUUCCAACGACCACAAUGGGCCAGCCUUCUGCCUUUAUCCAGGCGCUUUCUAUUCUUCCUCGUACCGACUUUCAUCCAACACAGACUCUACCCAGAGCUAGUCAAGCCUGAGCGACUCCAUCCUUCGGCAUACCUCGAUGGCAUGCGUGGUCUCGCCGCUCUCUUCGUCUUCUUCUACCACCUUUCAUACUCGAGCCACGAUGUGCUUACUGCUUACGGCGGUACUGGCAAGCCCGACGAACACCGCGAGUUCCUUAAGCUGCCCUUCGUUCGCUUCGUCUACACAGGACCUGCCAUGGUCUCCAUCUUCUACGUCGUCUCUGGCUACGCCCUUUCGUACAAGCCCGUCAAGCUUAUGAGGAACAAGAGUUGGAAAGAACUGCUGCAUACACUUUCUUCGGCCACCUUCCGCAGAGCCAUCCGCCUUUACCUGCCUUGUUUUGUCUCAACAUUGCUCAUUGUGCUUCUGGUGCGCUUGGGUGCCUACGAUGCAACGCGCGGUAUUGCCUACGAUCAGCACAGGCUGAACCAGGUCCGCGAAUCACACCUGGUCCGAUUCAAGAGCUUGUGGCACCAAUUGACAGAUUGGGCCAAGAUGAUGUGGAUUUUCGUGCACCCUUGGAGUUUCGGAACAAAGGAUACGGAUAUUGAUAUUGACAAGCACCUAUGGACUAUCCCAAUGGAAUUCCGUUCCUCGCUUGUUCUGUAUCUGACCCAACUUGGCCUCGCUCGUCUGAAGCCUACUGUCAGAAUAUUGUCCUUGGCAGCACUCGUGGCAUGGUGUCACGAGAAAGAUCGCUGGGAAAUGAUCCUCUUCUACUCUGGCUUCCUUCUCGCAGAGCUUGACUUCCGCAGACAAGCGCUGGCCGCCGCAAAAUCCAUCCUCCCUACAACCUCCUCUAUCUCCACAUCUGCACAACGUCAACGCUUGUGGACGUCUUUGUAUAUAUUCGUCUUCCUGGUUGGCAUCUAUCUUGGAGGCCAACCACAAGAACAUGUUGAACACGCACCCGGUUGGGCCACACUUCAUUCCUGGAUUCCAACCUACGCUUCGCACAAGCAACGCUACUGGGUUGGCUGGGCCGCUCUGUUGCUUGUCUGGUCAACAUCCAAUUCUCCUCUCCUCCAACGCUUGUUCACUAACAGCCCUGUACAAUAUCUUGGAAAGAUUUCCUUCUCGCUUUAUCUCAUGCACGGUCCAGUAACACACACCAUCGGUUAUGCCUCGAUGGACUUCUUCUGGCGAACGAUUGGGGAGGACACAUAUAUGACAAAAGAGAUUGGCUUUGUCAUUGCUGCAAUCAUCGACAUUGCAAGCACCAUCUGGGCGGCAGAUAUAUUCAUGCGUGUAGUCGACAUGCCAACUGUGCAUUUUGCUAAAUGGGUCGAGGAGAAAUGCAUUGUUUCUUUAGAAUAA